GAUAAGCUGUUGCAUCCGAUUGCAUGCGCCUAUUGUCUGGACGAGAAUGCUGGCACGGAUUUGACGCCGCUCAACGAGACUUAUGGCACCGAAUCGGGUGCAAUGCACAUCUGCGGGCAUGUAUUUCGGUGCGGCGAGCCAACCUAUUCGUGCAAGGAAUGCGCAUGCGAUCCGACAUGUGUACUGUGCUAUCAAUGUUUCCUGAAUUCAACGCAUAAAGCGCACAAAUAUCGAAUGACAACAUCUGGUGGCAGUGGCUACUGCGAUUGCGGUGAUGUGGAAGCCUGGAAACAGGAUCCGGCGUGCGAUUUACACAAGGUGCAGCAAGACGAGCAGCAGACUUCUAAAAAAUGUGAAAUAAAACAAGACGUUUCGUUCCAUUACAUCAGCACCAAUACGCUGAAUCUUAUCAGUUCAGUUGUGGUUUAA